CAAUAAAAACAAACAGAAAGACGAGCAAAAUCGAUCACAACGACGAGUUAGUUUCCUCUGGUUCUGCAAAUGGCUUCAAUCACUGGUUUAAACAUUUCUUCAAAAGCAAAUAAAAAUCAAAACCUGUUUUCAUCUUCAAUUUCUCUGAUACCUAAUAAUCUCUACAAACUCACUUCAGUUUCUUUCCGAAAUCAAAACCGUAAUGAUAUAAUCAAAACCCUGAAAUCAUUCUCAGUAAGAGCUAUGAAAUUCAAAGGAACACAGAUGAAAGACAAGCAACUAUCAGAAUUGAUUGAGAAGAAAGUUCAAGAAGCUACUCAAGUUUGUGGUGGUGAAAAUUAUAAUCCAAUUACAGAUGAGUGUAAAGUUGCUUGGGAUGAGGUUGAAGAAAUUAGUCAAGCUAAAGCUGAUUUUCGUAUGAAAGUUGAGAAGGAAGAUCCGCUGGAGUCUUUCUGUAAUGAGAAUCCUGAGACUGAUGAAUGCCGUGUGUACGAAGAUUAAAUAAUCUCAAAUCGUUUGGUGUCCUCUUUGUAAGUUUCUAUUCUACUAGUAGUUUGUUGCCCUAAUUUAUUAGUAUAGUAUUUUGUACUGUAAAAAAUAAAAUUAGCCAUCAACUGUUUUGGAUUUAAUCUGCUGUGUUGAUCAAACGUUCUUCAAGUUUUUAAUUGAAAUGCAUGCAUGAUUGAUUUCUUUA